AUGACUACAGUAGAAAAUAAUCUUAAUCAUUUAAUAGAAGAGAAUGGUACGAGUGAAGAAAUAUUGGAUAAUAAAUUUCCUGAAAAUGUACAUAUCAUGAAAACAAAUAAUCAAUUACGAGAACUUCAUACACUUUUACGUGAUCGUACAACAUGUCGAAGUGAUUUUAAAUUCUAUGCUGAUCGUCUUAUACGUUUAACCGUUGAAGCUGCAUUAGAUCAAUUACCAUAUGUACCAUAUGAUGUUAUAACACCAACUGGAAAUUGUUUUCAAGGUUUAAGGCAUGAAAAAGGAACAUUAUGUAUAUCAUUAAUGAGAAGUGGAGAAGCUAUGGAAAAAGGCAUUCGUGAAUGUUGCAGAUCUAUAAGAAUUGGUAAAAUUUUAAUUAAUGAAGGUCAUGUUAUAUAUGCUAAAUUACCAUCUGAUGUUCAUCGACGUCGUCUUCUUGUUGCUUAUCCCGUAAUAACAACUGGUUCAACAGUUCUUACAGGUCUUGAAGUAUUAAUUAAAGAAUAUCAAUGUAAACAAUCAAAUAUGAUUUUAAUAACAUUAUUUUCUACACCUGAUGGGCUUAAACAUAUUUGUGAUCUUUAUCCUGACCUAACAAUUGUUAUUUCAGAAAUUAAUACUGUCGCACCGAACCAUUUUGGUCAAAAAUAUUUCGGUUAG